AUGGCGGCGUCGGCCGCAACUCACAAGGAGCGGCAAUUCCUUGCCGUCAUUGGCGAUGAAGACUCCGUCACCGGUCUUCUCCUUGCUGGUAUCGGGCAUGUGACCGACGGACCGGACGCCCAAAGAAACUUCCUCGUCGUCGAUUCCAAGACCGAAACCUCCGAGAUUGAACGGGCAUUCCAGAGCUUCACCCAAGACCGGAAAGAUAUUGCCGUGGUCCUGAUCAACCAGCACGUCGCAGAGCGCAUCCGUCACAGCGUCGACGCAUUCGCCGAACCCUUCCCCGCCGUUCUGGAGAUCCCCAGUAAAGACCACCCCUACGAUCCCGAGAAAGACAGUGUCCUCAAGCGAGUACGACGUUUGUUUGGCGAGUAA